AUGGCCUCACCUCCGCGCCCCCUACUCGGCCUCGCCCUCGCCGCCGUCCUCCUCCUCCACCUCCCCCCGCUCCUCGCAUCCGCCGCGCUCGUCCUCGAGGACGGCUACACCGUCUCCACCGCCGCCGACCUCAACCCGCGCCCGCCCUCCGCCGGGGCCCAACCCUACGCGCUCCUCCCGCGGCCGCGCGCCGGGGACCUCCUCCUGCUCGACUCCACCGGAUCCGCGCUCUACACGCUCGCCCUCCCCGUCUCCGCGGGCGCCGAGCCGCGGAGGCUCGCGGGGGGUUUCGGCCGCCCCCGCAGCGUCGCCGUCGACGCCGCCGACAACGUGUACGUGGCCGACCGCGACCACCGCGCCAUCCGCAAGGUCGCGCCCUCCGGUUAUACGACUACGAUUGCUGGAGGGUACUCGGCAGGGACUGGUCGCAGGGAUGGACCUGCGCAGAAUGCUACCUUUUCCCCAGAUUUCGAGCUGGUUUAUGUCCCCAAAAUCUGUGCACUGUUAGUCGCUGACAGAGGAAAUCGAUUGAUUCGGCAAAUCAAUCUAAGGCCGGAAGAUUGUGCGCAUGAGACACAAAAAGGCUUGGGAAAUACAACUGUCUCAAUCAUUGCAGUAUUGGGUGCGCUGUUUGGUUCAGUUAUUGGGUUCCUAGUCCGGUAUUUUUACCCCUUCCAUGAAGUCUCCAUCAACCGCUUUUUCAGCAGGGUACAGAAGCAAUUCAAGAGAACCCAGAGGAAGGCCACACUGAUCAGCUUCUCCGACAUAAGAAGCGAAAUUGCUAACUCCAUGCUUUAUGCCCUCCUUCUGAAACUAAUUAGAGUUAGUCGUGGCUAUCUUACUGUUGUGUUACCUAGUAUUAGGCUAGAGCGAGGAGUUCCCUGUAAGCCUUCUCCUUCUCUUGAUGUAGACAAGUUCGGUGCUGCUCCUUCUCUUCUUGAUCUAGACCAGUUUGGUACUACUACUACUGCUACGACUGGUCUUGCGAACGAAGCAUUGCCCUCUACUGAACAUUCUGGGGAUUUCAUCGGCUUUGAUGGCGACAGCGAUACAGAUGAGGGUAAUGAAUCCGCCUGUGAUGGUAGUUUCAAUACCCAGGAAGAGAAUAAAGAGGCAUCACUUGACAGGGAUUUAUGGACGCUCUUUGAUAAUAAAGGCAGCUCUAAGAAAAUAGAUAGCAUGAUUGAGUCCAACUUAUUGGACUUUUCGGGUGAAGACAAGUAUGGCAGCUCAGGUGUUAACUAUUCUGGUGUAAGCAGGAGGAGGUCGCAUGGAGAUAGCAAGGUUCUCUAAGCUCGCUACUACUAUCGAGCAGGCAAGGUGGUCUAGAGGUGAAUAAGUUGUUUUUGUAUCUAGCAGUACCUUACUAUUGCUGUGCGUGCUUAAAUAACUAAAAGUGGACCGUGUCAGUAUUUGCUGUGCUAGCGAGGGCAGGAGAUGUAAAGUAACUACGUAUGAAAGCCAUGCCAUUCUCUUCUGUGGCUGUGGUAUGUAUGAACCUAUUGUUGUCUUAUAUGUGUAUAAUUAUCGUUCAUUUUACUA